AUCGCAGGGCUCUGGGGUCAUGUAAACUUGGUUAAUAUGACUUUGUAGCAGGGGGGGGCCACGAUGAAGCUCCGUCCCACUGUGCUGAGAGUCUAUCUCUGCCCCCGCCUAUGAGUAAUCCCCAAUUUUACAAAAUGUACCUGUAAUCUGAUUACGUUACUUUACAUUUAUUUUGUAUCCUGAUUACGUAACACCGUUACAUGUAAUCCGUUACUCCCCAACCCUGUAUGAGUGUUUCAUGUUGUUCAAAUAUUACAGAUAUUCAGGAUUGAGAGGGCUAAUAUGAAAGACUGGAGAACGACUAUUAAUGAUUUUUGGUCUCCUGUGAGUUGUUUCCACAAUUCCAUGAAGCCUACUCCAUCUGAGAUCCAUGAAAGAGGGGACAGAUUAAUGUCUUUGACCUCUAUAAUAUCCACAGACUUCAAUUGUUUUCAGUUAUUACUUUUUUGCCUCCUUUAAAAGUGACAGGCUGAGAGCACUGACAAGUAAAACAUCUUACUGAACAGGCUGCAUCAUCAUCUUGAUACGCUGUUCAUGUGCACUUUAUGGUUAAAUGUUUUAGUGGUAGCGCUUCAGUGUUGUGGUCAUUGUUUAGUCACGUUAUGUGCCCAGCACCUAAAAAGAACUUUGGAUGAGUCAACCCCACACAUACCCCCCCUUUCUACAGUACUAAACAUGUGCCAUACAACUGAUGAGACAAUGUGUGUAAUUUCUUCUUCUUUUCCCAUGCCGCCAUGGCAUUGUUUGAUAGCAUGUUCAACGCUGCCAGAUGUUCCUCAUGCCCACAUUUCAGAAGAGACCAAAAAGGCAGAUUACCAAGAAGGAGACGUGAUACAUUUCACUUGCGAACCUGGUUAUACAUCAGGUCCAACCAUCAAAUAUGUAUGCACGAGCGGGGGCUGGUUGGCAGUUCGUCAGGGAACGUGUUUCUUUCCAGCUUCCAGCUGUGAGCCCCCUCCUGCAGAUGGUGGGGUUACAGUAAACGGUUUACCACAAAAUGAAGAACCCAUACUUCCUGACCAAUUCCUCACAUUCAGCUGUGGUCCUGGGAAAUAUCUGGAUGGCAGUUCAGUGCUGAUAUGUGGUAAAGAUGGACAAUGGAAUAAUCCAUUCCCCUCAUGUGAAGACAUCACUUGUAAAGUUGGAGUGAUGCACCCUCAUCUCUAUGUAGCUGGACUCCCAAGAGCAAAUGAAACAAUGAAGACUGGACAUAAAUUACGGUUUCAAUGCAGUGAUCAAUACACAUUGUAUGGGUCUGAGGAAAUUGAAUGUUUACAAACUGGGCAGUGGAAUACUCUCUUUCCAACUUGUGAUGAUUCUCUUACAGACAAAUGCAAAGUCACACAUGUACCAGCCAACGUAUACAUCUCCGUACAUGUACCAAACAAUCAACUAAGAAAAGGACAAAAGUUAAGGUUUGAGUGCAGACAGAGAGGACACUUUCUUCGCGGAAAUGCAUCGGUUGAAUGUUUAGCAAACGGACAGUGGAGUGACCCCUUCCCAACAUGUGGACCUCCUUUGGGUUGUAGGAGACCACCGCCCCUUACAGAUGGAGAUAUCAAGGACAGUGUUCGAUUCCAGUACAGACAUGAAGAUAGGGUUGAAUAUGUCUGUCCGAACUUUUACAUUAUGCAGGGUGGACCUUACAAAACCUGCAAAAAUGGUGAAUGGGUUGGACAGAUGAGAUGCCUCAAACCCUGCACUGUGGAUAAAGAAGCCAUGAGAAGUCACAAUAUUGUCUUCAGAUAUUCAGCUGAUGAUAAGCUGUAUUUAACACAUAAUGAUGUAAUCGAGUUUAUGUGUAUCAGAGGAAGAAGACAUGAUGGAGUAAAGGAGAUGCGCCAGAAGUGUGUUGACGGUGUGAUGCACCUGCCCACUUGCCAGUAAAAGUUUAUAAAUCAACUGAAUAUAAUAUGAUAAACAUGAGCUGGUUCAACAAACAUGUAAAUGAUUAAUCAAAGUAAAGAGUUAGACCAGUAUCUAUACUUCCUGUGUGUUGUAAUUUUAAUAAAGCACAGCUUUUCACUUUG